AUGUCGAAAUUGAAGUCCCGGUUCAAGACUUAUAUCGUGGGUAUGAUCAAAGAAGAUCUGGAAAGUGUUCAGAAGGUCUUUCUAUACUUUCUGGAUCUGCUGAAACAUAUCAUCAUAGGAGUGUUGUUUUUCACCUUGAUUGCUGUAUUGGUAGCGGCGUUGAAUAAAUCGCACAAAGCUCAUUUGACCAUGGAUUCAACAUCCGUCGUUAUACUCAGUAGUUUAGUAUCCUUCAUUCUUACAUAUAAAGUUCACGGGUCCAAUGAGAAAUAUCAGAAUGCAAGAACAACUUGGUCAGAUGUCAUCUCCAAUAGUCGACAAAUAGGGGUGUUGUUAGCCCAACAAGAUCCAGGUAGCCACUUGGCUAGAGAAGAACUUGAGGAACAAGGUGCUUUGACGAGAAAUGCGAUGCAUUUGCUCCGCUUCUUUCCUCCAGCUCUUCAAGAAGGUCUCGAGAGGACGUCAAAAGCACCAGAAUCAUUCUCCUCUCAAGUUUCUACUCUGCUACAACAACGUACCCUGAGUGGACUGGAUACACAAGCAUCGCUAGUACUUCCUCCCAAUAUGGGUCCUGAAGGAAACCACGAUACUUCUCCGCCCCCUCAUUUAUCAGAAGUAGACACUGAAGUCGCUCAGGAAAUUCUAACAUGGUUAUCACAUUACAUUACCAAACUCUCGUCCCGUGAUCAUAUCUCCACACCUAUUCAAACUCUCCUGUUCAAAUCUCUCUCCAACCUCCAAACGGCUCUCACAUCACUUCAUCAAUCCGCCGUUCCAACCACACCUUCUCCAUACACUUUUCAACUGAAGCUUUCCAUAUGGGCAUAUCUCGCCUUCUUACCUUUCCAGCUGUAUCCCGGUUUAGGAUGGGGUAUCAUACCGGUCGAAUUUGUAGUGAGCGUGGUUUAUCUGGGUUUCAUGAGAGUGGGGAUCAAGAUUGACAGUCCGUUCGUUGCGGGUAAAGGUGGGAUGAACUUGAAUGAGUUGGUGGCGCAGACGGAGAAACAGUUGGAAAAAGCAACGGGAGUGAACAUCGCCAGCCCUUUCCAGAUUCUCAAUCUUGCCCCUCCUACACUCCCUUCGGGGUUCGGUAUGACCGCCGAACCGAGGAACGCCAUGGAGUUGAACGAGAAGAUCUCAGGAUCUCGAUCCGGAAGUGGCUCAUCAAUUCCAUCGUUACCGACAUUGCCCGUGCUUCAGGACAUACCGCGGGACUUGUCUCAGCAGGCUGGAGAUCACGUGUAG